AUGCAGGGACCAAGGCCGGUAGUUCUGAGUGGCCCGUCGGGUGCAGGGAAGAGCACUUUGUUAAAGAAAUUGCUUAAAGAUUACGAGAACAUUUUCGGCUUCAGCGUCUCCCAUACCACAAGGCAGCCAAGACCUGGAGAAGUAAAUGGCAAAGAUUACCACUUUGUGACCAGAGAGGAAAUGCAGAAAGAAAUCGAUGCUGGUGAAUUCAUCGAGCACGCAGAGUUCUCCGGAAAUAUGUACGGGACGAGUAAAGGUGCAGUGCAGGCCGUUCAGGCCCAGAACCAGAUCUGCAUCCUCGACAUCGACAUCCAGGGCGUGAAGAACAUCAAGAGGACAGACCUGAACCCCAUCUACAUCUCCGUGCAGCCUCCGUCCAUAGACAUCUUGGAAAAAAGACUACGGGACCGAAAAACUGAGACAGAAGAAAGUUUACUGAAGCGUUUGACUGCAGCUCGCAUAGAUUUGGAACUCAGUAAAGAGCCUGGCCUGUUUGACUUGGUCAUUAUUAAUGAUGAUUUAGAAAAAGCCUAUUCCGAAUUGAAGGAGAUACUCCUGGAGGAAAUCAAGAAGACCCAAGAAUCCAGGAAGUCCUGACCUGAGCCUGCUUGGACGUUUUAACUUUGCACAUCAUUCCUGAAGCACAUGGCGUGAUUUUAUUGCAAGAGACAUUCCCUUUAGGUUGAUCCUCCUCCCAAGUUACUCUAGGAUGUUUCUAUUAAAAGGAA